GUGAGGAUCCUGACACACGAAACUUGGCUAAUAAUUUCUACUGAAAACCCCUAAGCACCAACGGACGUUCUUCUGAAGACAUUUUUCAUACCCCCUAUGAUGGGCAAGAAAGUGGCCAUUGUGGGAGCUGGGGUCAGUGGCUUGGCUGCAAUACGGUGCUGUCUGGAGGAAGGGCUGGAGCCCAUCUGCUUUGAAAGGAGCGACGAUGUUGGAGGCCUAUGGAAAUUCUCAAGCCGCACGGAGGAAGGAAGAGCCAGCAUUUACCAGUCAGUCUUCACCAACUCUUCCAAAGAAAUGAUGUGUUUUCCAGACUUCCCUUAUCCUGAUGAUUUCCCCAACUACAUGCACCACAGCAAGCUCCAGGAAUACAUCAAGUCAUUUGCUCAGAAGAAGGACCUUCUGAGAUAUAUACAGUUUGAGACCCUGGUUUCCAGCAUACAGAAAUGUUCUAGCUUCUUGGCCACUGGUCAAUGGGUGGUCGUUACUGAGAAAGAUGGGAAUCAAGAGUCUGUGCUCUUUGAUGCUGUGAUGAUUUGUUCAGGGCAUCAUGUGUACCCUAAUAUGCCAACUGACUCUUUUCCUGGCCUGGGGCACUUCCAAGGCAAGUGCCUACACAGCCGGGAUUACAAGGACCCAGCAGUCUUCCAGGGGAAGAGGGUCCUCGUGAUUGGUCUGGGGAAUUCAGCAUCCGACAUCGCUGUUGAGCUCAGUCGUGUGGCUACACGGGUCAUUAUCAGCACCAGGAGUGGUUCCUGGGUCAUGAGCCGGGUUUGGAAUGAUGGGUAUCCUUGGGAUAUGGUAUAUGUUACCCGCUUCUCAACCUUCCUCCGGCAUAUCCUUCCUUCAUUUGUCUCUGACUGGUUAUACGUCAAGAAGAUGAACACAUGGUUUAAGCAUGAGAACUAUGGCCUGAUGCCUUUAAAUGGUCCUCUGCGGAAAGAACCCGUGUUCAACGAUGAGCUCCCAUCCCGCAUCCUGUGUGGCACGGUGACCAUCAAGCCCAGCGUGACGAAGUUCACGGAGACCUCCGCUGUGUUUGAGGACGGCACCGUGUUUGAGGCCAUUGACUGCGUCAUCUUCGCCACGGGCUAUGGAUACGCCUACCCCUUCCUGGAGGACUCCAUCAUCAGAAGCAGAAACAACGAGGUCACCUUGAACAAGGGCAUCUUCCCUCCUCAACUGGAGAAGCCGACCUUGGCAGUGAUUGGCCUGGUGCAGUCCCUCGGUGCCGCCAUCCCCACAGCUGACCUGCAGGCGCGCUGGGCUGCUAAAGUGUUUACAAACACAUGCACCCUGCCAACUAGAAAUGAAAUGAUGGAUGACAUUGAUGAGAAAAUGGGCAAGAAACUCAAGUGGUUUGGCCAGAGCCACACUCUGCAGACAGAUUACAUCACAUACAUGGAUGAACUGAGCUCCUUCAUUGGAGCCAAGCCUAACCUACCCUGGCUCUUCCUGACUGAUCCCCAGCUGGCCCUGGAGGUGUACUUUGGCCCUUGUAGUCCAUACCAGUUUCGGUUGAUGGGACCGGGAAAGUGGGAUGGAGCCAGAAAUGCCAUCCUGACCCAAUGGAAGCGGGCAGUGAAGCCAACCAGGACAAGGGUUGUCGGUGAAGUGCAGAGACCCCGUCACCUUUACGAUUUGCUGAGAAUGCUUUUCUUGCCAGUGCUCUUUCUUGCUGUUUUGCUCACGGUUUAUUAAUAAUAAUUUCUGUCAGGUGCCAGAGUACAGCCUAGAAGCGUAGUCACUGAGUACAACGCACAAACGCAAGGAGGCACACGUAAUCACCAUGGCUCCUCCUUUCCUUCCGGCAGUUAUGAAAUGCAUCCGGGCUCAUUUGACUCAAAGGAUAAAUAAAAUGGAAACUACCCA